GGAAGGAGUACGGUUGAGAAUAACAACUAAACAGAAGCUUCCCUCUGAUGAAGCGAGACUAGAGUGAAUGAAAGGAUCGAGUAAAGAACAGCGGAGGAGACUUAAAAUAGUUUGACAGCUAGCCAUCCAACAAAAUGUGGUGGAGCGGGGGCCACUGUCACCGCUGCUUAGUGCUGGUGAGCCUAUUUAUCUGCUCAGAGGCAGUGCCUAUCAGUGUGGACAAAACGAAAGUAAAGCUUCCGGAGGAGAAGGUCCAGGAGCCGCCACAGAGCGUGGACACUGGACUGCACUAUGACCGUUACCUCAGGGAAGUCAUUGAUUUUCUGGAAAAAGAUCAACAUUUCAGAGAAAAGCUCCACAACACAGACAUGGAGGACAUAAAGCAAGGGAAGCUAGCCAAAGAGCUAGACUUUGUUAGUCACCAUGUGAGGACGAAACUGGAUGAGUUGAAAAGGCAAGAGGUGAGCCGACUACGGACAUUGAUCAAAGCCAAGCAAGACCUUGAAGGAGGGAAAGAUAUGGCCGUGGACCACCAGGCUCUCCUCAAACAGUUUGAAUACCUGAAUCACAUGAACCCACACACCUUUGAAGUGGAGGACCUGGAUAGACUGAUUAGAUCGGCAACGAGCGAUUUGGAGAACUACGACAAGGAGCGCCAUGAGGAGUUCAAGCGCUAUGAGAUGAUGAAGGAGCAUGAGCGAAGGGAGCACCUGAAGACGCUGGAUGAGGAAGGCAGGAAGAAGGAGGAGGAGCAUUACGAGGAGAUGAAGAAGAAGCACGCUGACCACCCCAAAAUCAACCACCCGGGCAGUCAGGACCAGCUGAAAGAGGUGUGGGAGGAGGCUGAUGGUCUUGACCCUGAUGACUUUGACCCAAAGACCUUCUUCAACCUGCAUGACACCAAUGGUGAUGGCUUCUUUGAUGAACAGGAGCUGGAGGCACUGUUUACCAAGGAGCUGGAGAAGAUCUACGACCCCACCAAUGAGGAAGACGACAUGGUCGAGAUGGAGGAGGAGAGACUGCGCAUGAGGGAGCAUGUCAUGAAUGAGGUUGACAGCAACAAAGACAGGCUGGUCUCUUUAGACGAGUUCCUGGUUGCCACAAAAAAGAAGGAAUUUCUAGAGCCAGAAAGCUGGGAGACUCUUGAACAAAACCAAGCAUAUACCGAGGAGGAGAUGAGGGAAUUUGAAGAGCAUCUGGCCAGGGAGGAGAAGGACCUGAAUCAGAAAUCAGUGGACCUUCAAAAACAGAAGGAAGAGCUGGAGAGGCAACAGGAGCAGCUGAAUGCACAGAAACUGGAACUUCAGCAGGCAGUGGAACAUAUGGAAAGGUUAAAAACUCAAAAAGUAGAGCCUCCUGUAGAGGUUCAAGUUCUCGACUCAGAUGGAGGAAACGCUGCCCCAGUGCCACCUAGCAACAGCCAGCCUCUACCCCCGGGCCACUUGCAGGAGACGCCCACGCACUCAUAGCUGACAAAACUGCAUGUGUGUGUGGAACCACAGCCCCGGUGCCACACAUGCAUGCAUACCUGCAAUAACCAGCAAACCAAUCAAAAUAGAGAUUUCAUUGUGCCCCUCCUCCAGUCACAGCCUGUCAAUUUCAUGCUUGCCAUUGGAAAAGUGGGCAACACCAGCUGAUCACUGAGAACCAAGAUGCUUUGGACCAGUGGUUCUAUUACCAGUUCAUGCUGGGUUGUGCACUAUAUGCAUAAAAAUACGCACAGUCCCUUCUGGGCAAUGCUGUCAUUAUAUGCUGGUUCCUGAAAAUGUGUUUUAAUUUUUGUCUUUUUAUUUCAAGAGUAUCCCCAUUAUUCUCCCAGCUAUGAUUGUGA